CCGGUUUAAGGGAGGGUGAGCCUGAGUGGGCGAGUCCAGCAAUAUCCAAGAGGAGAACCGGCCUCUGCGUACUCAGUGCCCACCCCCUGACCUUGCAAAACGCAAUUUGACAAACAUUUGUGAGACAAUCCCAGGGAUCUCGAUUGAAUCUCUGGAAAUAUUAACCCAAAUGCACAAGGGUGCAGAGUAAAAACAAAAACAUCUUAAGGUCGCCGAUUGCAGCAUUUAAGUGUGGUUUCAGAAACUGCUGAAAAAAACCGGUUUGUCAAGACCACGUUUUGGAAAACUAAUACGGCAUAGUUACCAUGGAUGAUUCAUCAUAUGAGGAACUUAAUUGCAAAUUUACAUCAGCCAGUAAAAUGGAAGAAAAACAAAUGAAAGCUAUAGAAGAACUGGUUGAAACUGAAAAACGGUAUCUCAGUUUACUACAGCUGUGUGCAACAGAUAUCAGGAACCAUUUACAAUUCAAACAGGUGCCAGAUUUGGACCUGGAAGGCUUGUUUGGAGGUACUGAUGAAGUACUACAUGUAUCCUCCAAUCUACUCAAAAAUUUGGAAGUCGCAGCCACUGGGAAAUCUGAUCAAGUCUUCUUGAUAAGCAACGUGUUUCUCACCUUCAAACAAGAGCUGGAAGAUGCUUACAAAGAGUACUGUGCAAACUAUGAGAACAUGCUGCAACUCGAAACUGACUACAAGAGGAAUGAACUUAUCUGGAAAGAAGUUACAGACACCCUCCAUGAAGUGGGAUCUCCUCUGGGGGCCAUUACAUUGACUUUCUUCUUAGUGACACCCGUUCAGAGGAUUGGUAAAUAUCCAUUACUUUUAAAAACUAUACUGGAAAAUACAGCACCAUCUGAUGAAGGUUACACUGCACUAGAGAAAGCUACAAUGGCGAUGCAAGAAGUAAAUUAUAAUAUCAAUGAAUACAAGAGACUAAAGGAAGUAGUAAUGAAAUACAGCAAACAAGAAAAUCUUUCAUUAAGGGAUACAAUAGGCAGAAUAAACAAGCAUUCCAUUGCAAAGAAGGCAUCCAGGCUCAGCCAAGCUAUUAAAUAUGAAACAGGAAUCCUUCCAAAAGUAAAAGACAAAGAUUACGAGGAUUCAGUGAAACUUUUCUAUGUGAUUGAAAAAAGUGUUACAACACUGAAGAAAAACACAGAAAGCUUGAUAAAAAAUAUGGAGCAUUUUCAAAACUUACAGUCCUACCAUUAUGUACCCAAUUUGGUGGAUGAACAUACUACAAUCUGCUAUCAAGAAUUUAUACAGAUACUUCAUCAGAUGAUAAUUCCUGAAUUUAAACGAAGAUUGAAAUCAAUAAUUUAUGAACCGCUGUGUGCCCUCUCAAAUUUGUUCAGUAGCCCACAGCAACUGGUUAAAAAACAUAAUGAUAAGUUCUUAGAUUAUGAAAAAAUUCAAGAGAAAAUAAAGGAAGAAGGUAAUGCGUCUUAUGAAGAGAAGGCUGCUAUAGAGACGUACAAAGCACUGCAUUCUUUAUUACUUAUUGAGCUCCCUAAAUUUAACAGCAUUGUACUACAGCUACAAUCACAGAUUCUUCAAGCAAUUAUGACCAUUCAUCGUGACUUGGCCAACAAUGUGCUUCAAUUCAUCACUCAGCAUCUGCAUGAGUUUCUGUUUAGUAGCAAAGACAACUUUUGGCAACAAACUGAGGAAACAUUGCAGAAAUCAGGUGUAAAACUGGAAAAGUUUUGCCAGAUAUUUGAAUCAAUGAUGGAACAACCUAUAGAGCAGCCUUAUAAUGAAGAAAAACUGGAAACUCUUCUGAAGAAGUACAGCCCAGAGAAGAUUUAUCAGGUUACCAGUAAUGUUUCUGGAAACAAAGACCUUGACCUGACACUUCAAAGAGGGGACGUUGUGGCACUUCUUCAAACCACAGACACAAGAGGAAAUACAAAUAGAUGGCUUGUGGAUUCAGGAGGCCAUCGAGGAUUUGUUCCUGCUGGAAAACUGAGUCCACUUCAGCCUGGAAAACAACUAAGUAACUUUCCACUAUCACAGGGUCCCUCUCUUGAUCACACUGUGGAUGGAGCAAUUAACAGAAGAAAAUCUUCUCCUUCACCUGAAAGUCCUCUCUGCCGACUUCCACAACCAAUGCAGUAUCAAGUUAUUGCAGCAUAUCAGUUUACAGCAAGAGGACCUCAUGAAGCCAGCCUACAACCUGGACAAGCUGUAACAAUCCUGGAAGCUCAUGAUAAGAAAGGGAGCAGUGAAUGGUACCUUGUUGAAGUGAAUGGACAAAGGGGAUAUGUGCCUUCAAAUUAUUUGAUGAAAGUGCCUUGCACUGGAGGGAGGAAAUCAUUUGCACUAUAAUAUUAAUAAUUAGUAUCCUACCAUUCAAAGAGUUGCACUAACUGUUUUUUGCACAUCAGUUUGCAGUGGCAAAGGAGAUAUGAAGAAUUGUAAAACACUAAUUUUGCUUUCCAAAAUCCUAUGUCUGCUAACAUUAUGAGCUUUGUUAAUUUUGU